UGGUUAUACCUAUAGAUUAGUGAAGUUAUAACUCCAAAAACCACCACCAUACCCAAUCCUGGAAAAGUUGUUGCCUGUGAAGGAUGCCUUCAGCUGCGAAUCCUAAGUCCGAAAAACCGGCCUCUUCGGAGGCCACGGAUAAUUCACCAGUACGACAAGUCUUGACGAUUAUAGAACAUAAAAUCCGUAAUUUGGAAAAAAGAAAGAGCAAGUUGACAUCAUACAGAGACUUACAAAAAUCUGGCAAAGAACUAAAUUCAGAUCAGAAGAUAGCCGUUGCCAAGUAUGAUGAAGUAGCUCAGACAUUAGAAUUUGCUCGUGACCUCUCAAAGCAAAUAACGUCUAUAGCAGUCUCAACUGAAAAAGAAGCUAAAAAACAAGCGAAAAGGGAAACCUGGAUUCGCUAUGCAGCUGACACAAAUAAGAUCCGUGAGGUGCUCCUUAUCUUGGACUGCCUCACGCAGAUGGGCAAUGCUGAGGCCAGGGACGAUUUCCUAAAUGGGACUAAUGGAGCAGCUAAACUGACUGAGGAGGAUCUUAAGAUUCUUGAUGAUCUGUACCCCGAGGUGACGCCGAAACACGAGGCCAACGAGGAGGGGCGGCCCGCGUUCCCCGCGCACACCACCAAGGCCGCCGAGCACCUCUACGCCAUCAUCGACGGCAAGCCCAAGGAGGCGCUCGGCACCACCUACGCGCACAUCAAGGAGAUCAUCAUGACCGUGCACAGCUGCGGCUACUUCGACAAGCUCGAGGACGACGCGCCCGCGCCUCCUCCCGCGGAGGUGCCCUCGCCCACGCUCGAACCCGCGCUGCCCUCGCCCGCGCUCCCCUCGCCCGCGCCCGCGCCGCUCGCCUACAGCGCGCCCGCCGUGCUGCCCGCGCCCGCCUACCCGCUGCGCCCGCUGCCGCCCAUCACGCUGCAGGAGGUGGAGCACGCCUACUUCGCGCAGCAGUACCCGCAGCAGCGGCCCAUCGCCGAGGUCAUCGGCUCGCAGAACUUCUUCUUCCUGCAGGACGAGGAGAUCGACAGCCCCGUCGGCACGCCGCAGCCGCCGCUGAUGAACCCGCCCUCGCCGCCGGGCCCGAUCCCGACGCAGACCUUCACCAACCAGCACUUCGUGCCGAUGCCGGAGCCGGGCCCGCUGCCGAUGCCGCCGCCGCACUUCCAGGCGCCCUACGUGCCGCUCGCCGCGCCGCCGCCGCCGCCGCCGCAGCUCGCGCCCGCUCCCGCGCCUGCUCCCGCUCCCGCGCCCGCUCCCGAGCGGCCCGAGCCCCGCCGCACGCCGCCGCCCGAGGCUGACGGCGAAGACGACGAAUGGCGCGAGGCCCGCAGCCCCGAGCGCGACGACGCCGCCGAGCGCAAGACGCAGGGCCAGGGCGACGGCCAGGGCCGCUUCCGGCGCUACGGCCGCGGUGGUGGCGGUCCGGGAGCGCCCAACGGCUACCGCGGCCGCGGCGGCUUCCGCCCCGACGGCUACCAGCCGCGCCACGCAGAGUACCCGCGCGCCAACAAGGACGGCUACCAGCCGCGCGAGCGCCACUACAACAACGACGGCUACCAGCCGCGCCCCAAGGACCGCGACGGCUACUACGGCAACGGCGACGCGGGCUCGCCGCAGGAGAACGGCGCGCGCGAGCGCUACGGCGACAGCCAGAGCUACGGCGGCGGCUUCAAGAGCCGCGGCCGGGGCGCGCCCCGCGGCCGCGCGCAGCCGCGCCGCCAGCAGCCGCACUACGCGCGCAACAACGGCAACAACAACAACACCGGCAACAACAACAACGCCGGCAACAACAAGGACCACGCCGACCAGUGAGCCGGCGCCCCGCCGCGGGCCCCGGGCCCGACAUAAAAAACUGUAACUUUUCUGUAUGAAGGACUAAAUCGUUUGUGGAAGGCAGAUUUCACCGGCAACAACGCGCUGUGGCAACGACAGACAGAGAUUAUGGUAUAAAAAAAAUAAAUUUAAAAAAUAAUAAAAAAAAAGUAAAAUAAUAAAAGAUGAAACUGAAUAAAAAUAAGUUACUUGACUUUAGAUGUAUGAUAUAUGCGAUUAUAAUAAGUUACGUAAUUCUAGAUUCUAUAGGUCGGUCGGUCGGCGGCCGGCGAGCACACGGCUCGACGCGACUCCGGGACCUCGAUUCCAAAUCUCAUUGAUCUUUGUACUUUUCAUACCGUUCGUAUUGAUUGAUUCAUUACAUUACAUGUGUUAAAAUGUUAUACAUGUUGUUUUCCUGAGCCGAAUUAUUUUGAAGUGAGCGAUUAUGAUAUUGCACGGAAUGUGGUGAUUUGUUAAGGUUUUUUUUAACAAAUUAGGAACGGAAAAGUAUAUAAGCACUUGUAUGCUUGUGUAUUUUGUAAGUACUUUUUUCAUUAAACCAGUGACACUUGAAAGAGUUAAAACCGUACAAAACAAAUAUUGUCACGGAAUUGUUACUGUAUAUUUGAUUCUGGCCCCCAAUUUUAUUUUACAUUGUUCUCAAUAGAGGCUGUGUGCAAGCAAAUUAAAAGUAUUCUAUGAAUGA